UUUUUUAUCUAAAGAAGAGGAGGGCGGAAGUUGAUAUAUUUCUAACAUGAUGCUAUAGGAAACUCGGCCAACAUCCAAAUAAAGAGAAAUGGACAUGUCUGAGGAUCCGGCCACGAAGAGUAGCAGCAAGACGCUGCUGGUCCGACAUCUACCAGCCGAGCUGACUGAGGAUGAGAAGGAGGACCUGCUCAAGUAUUUCGGAGCCGCGUCCGUCAGAGUUUUCUCCAACUUUGGCCGUAUGAAACACGCAGCAUUUGCAGCCUUUCACAGUGAAAAAGCUGCAGAAAAGGCUCUUACCCGCCUCCAUCAGUUGGAAAUUCUCAAUCGAAAGCUGAUUGUGGAGUUUGCAAGAGGCCAAGAUAAUAUCACAGUGUUAAAGGAUCCACCCGUGACUGAUGGCGGUAAUAAGCUGGACAAGGAAGCACACACCAAACAGGAAACGAAGCAGCCAAAUGUUCCUCUUAUAGAGACGGGCGUUUCUCCGAGUCUUGGGUUGAAGUAUCACCCAAAUCCCACUUUGAGAUAUUUGUACCCACCCCCUUCGAAUAUUGUUCUGACAAAUAUCACACAUACCCUCAUGUGUGUGCCCAAGUUUUAUGUUCAAGUUCUGCAUUUGAUGAACAAGAUGAAUUUACCAUGUCCGUUUGGACCGAUCACACCAAGACCUCCUUUGUUUGAGCCCCUGCCUGCCGCCCCACCCAUACCCAUGCCUCCUCCGCUGCCUCCUGACCUCCCACCUACACCCACCGAAGAGAUGGACGCGUCUGGUGAUGAAGAAUCAGAGUACGAGAGCGGAGACGACGAAGACAAGGAGAGAAUUGUUCGUCUGAUGGGCCUGGGCAACCAAGCAUGCAAGAGACCCCUGAGACCAAAAACAUCUUCCAAGAGAAAAAAGCCCAAGAUUAAGGAUCUCCUCUAUGCACCCAAACUGGACUCCCAAAGCGCUCCAGCCAUGCAGCCAUCAGAUGUGUUUGAGCAGCCCAACCCCGCCGGAUCCAAGAAAAUAGAAUUCCACAUUUCGGUUCCAGAGGUGGCAGCCAGAGUGGAAGCAAGUACACCGGGUCAGACAGAAGGCAUGGCUCCUUCAACAGCACCAGUGUGCCCUUCAGAAACGGCCAAGAGCAAGGCCACCAUCAACAACGGCAUGGAGGCGGCGGUAGGAUUCGGAAAGAUCUACCCCAGCACUCAGACGUUCCAGCAGCGCGAGGAGCACAGCGACGAAGAGCAGGAUCUCCCGUCGGAUGUCAUUUCAAGAAAGGAACUCCAGAAAGGACGCCUGUCGAAAGACGAGAUAAAAAGGAUGUCGGUGUUUAAGAAUUACGAGCCGGGCGAGCCGACCUGCAGACUGUAUGUGAAGAAUAUUGCCAAGCAAGUGGAAGAGAAAGACCUAAAGUACAUCUACGGGAGAUACAUCGAUCCCUCGUCCGAAACCGAGCGAAAUAUGUUCGAUGUGUUGUUAAUGAAGGAGGGCCGCAUGAAAGGGCAGGCUUUUGUCGGACUUCCCAGCGAGCAGAGUGCCGAGAAAGCCCUGCGGGAAACCAACGGCUACGUUCUCUGUGACAAACCCCUCGUGGUUCAAUUUGCUCGAUCCGCCAGACCAAAACAAGACACCGCGGAUGCCAAGAAAGGAUCAAAGCAGCGAUAAACAUGUCAGAUGCCAAGGCUUGAUUUUGUGGGCCAGCAGAACCAUUUGUAUCCUUAUUUGAGCAUAUCCUUUGGAAAAAAAUACUAAAAUAAAAAAGAGGGCAGUUCUAUUUCUAGAACAAAUGGAACAUGUUGCAUUGACCUUUUAAGCACAUUGACCUAAAUCUACAAGGACAUCUUUGCUGAAAUGUUGUUUUUAAAAUAUUCUCUACCUCGUUUGACUGAAUUUCAGGUGAUGAUCGUCAGAUGUCGUCUUCAUCUUUUAUUUAAUAAUAAAAGAGUAUUUUAUUAAAAAGGGUCAUGUCUUUUUUAAUCAUACACAAAAACACACGCACGUCCAUGUUA